AUGCAAGUUCAACUUCCAUACGACGUCGGCGCCUUCAACAAUCUUCCCAGUUUGAAUGAAACCCAUAAUCAGUUCAUGGAGAUUAAUGGUCUCAAGGUUCUCGAGGAAUUGCUACAUGAGCUUUUCCUCCGAUACCAGAUGACCGAGACGCUUGGAGUGGCUCUUCUUCUUUCACAUUUUGUCCUCAAAGACCAUGAGAUCCUAGUUGACGCCAACGGCACCUCGACCCCUUGGGACUUGCGCGGAGCUGAUUCCACUCCUACCGGCCUUGCUAAAUAUGGCAGCACCAUCAAACCCAGUUCGUGGAUGGUGACUGAUGAUAAUUUGCGUCCCUAUGAAUUUUGUUUCGAUGGCAGCGCCGGCACUUCAGCUCCUGAUCCUUGUGCCUCCUUUAUUGAAGAUCUUAGCGCGAUCCUCAAGGCCAAUAAUCUUUCCAAUGUUCUCGGGCUCUAUCGAAUAGUCGAUACUUCCAACGGCCAGAUAGAGUUCACAGAGGGAAGAGCAAAUGUGACCUUUCCUUCCGACAAGGUGGUUCAAUCAGAUCUAAUCAACAGUGACAAAUAUAUAUAA